AUCCACAAUCAUGAUAAAAUUGCAUCACUUGGAAAACAGUAGAAGUGUUAGAAUACUCUGGGUAUUAGAAGAACUUGGAAUUGAGUAUGAAUUGAAAACUUACAAAAGGUUACCUUCUGGAUUGGCCCCACCUGAAUUGAAGGCUGUUGACCCACUUGGACAUGCACCUAUCCUUGAGGAUGACGGUCAUACCGUAGCGGAGUCCGGUGCUAUUAUAGAAUACCUCGUUGAAAAAUACGGUGGUGGAAAAUACACCAACUCUGAUGACGCAUUUUGGAAGCACUACAUCGAGGGUUCCUUAAUGCCAUUCUGUGUAUUCAAGUUAGUCCUGAGUAAAGGUAUUGAAUCUAUUCCUUGGUACUUGCGUUCAGUACUCGCUGUUGUACCUCGCGCAAUUCUGAGCCAAUGGGUUGAUCCAAAUCUUAACAACGCGGUUGAAAUCGUUGACAAACAAUUGAAAGGUAAACAAGGAUGGGCUGUCGGUGGUGAUGUGGAUGGGAAUCCAACUAUCGCUGACUUCAUGUUGGGAUUCACCAUAGAUGUCCUUGCAUUUGGUGGUAGAUUAGAACAUGUUGGCGAGGGAAUCAAAAGCUACGCUGAGCGUUUACAAUCAUAUCCAUCUUAUAAGAAGGCUAUCGAAAAAUCAGGCAACUAUCGCUAUAAAGCCUCACUAUAAAGCUAAGAAGAAUCGGAUAAAGGAGAUUGUGUAAAGUCAUUAGAAUCAUUAGUAAUUUGAUCUUUUUGUUUCUCUUGUAGACUCCUUUUUGGUGGUGAUGACAAUGCAGAUGAAUUUGAUGAAUUUGUUGGC